UUUUCCUUCACAUUUUCCCUCACUUAAGCAUUUUCUGUACGUUUCUUGGCCUCCAUAUAUUCAGUCUCGUGUGGAGUCUCUCUUUUGUUUUGUUUUGCGCAUAUUCCCAACCAUGGCUGCUGAGAGGUUAAGGGACUUGAGUAAGCCUAUGGACGUCGCUUUACUCGAUGCCACCGUUGAUUUCUUUUAUGCUACAGGAUCUAAGGAAGAAAGAGCUGCUGCGGAUAAUAUUUUACGGGAUUUGAAAGCUAAUCCUGAUACUUGGCUUCAAGUGGCUCACAUCCUGCAGAACACCAGGAGUACGCAUACCAAGUAUUUUGCCCUUCAGGUGCUAGAAGGUGUUAUCAAAUAUAGGUGGAAGGCAUUACCAGUUGUACAACGUGAUGGAAUGAAAAUGUACAUCUCUGACGUCAUUGUGCAGCUUUCAAAGAACGAAGCAUCUUUCAGAUCGGAAAGGUUUUAUAUCAACAAGUUAAAUCUCAUCUUGGUUCAGAUCUUGAAACAUGAAUGGCCGGCGAACUGGAGAAGCUUUAUACCUGAUCUAGUUAAUGCUGCUAAAACCAGCGAAUCUAUCUGUGAGAAUGGCAUGGCUAUUUUGAAACUCCUAAGUGAAGAGAUCUUUAAUUUCUCAAAAGGAGAGAUGAUUCAGAGAAAGAUAAACGAUCUGAAAGAGUCUCUAAACAGCGAGUUUAAACUCAUUCACGAGUUAUGUCUAUAUGUUCUCUCAGCUUCCAAAAGACCAGCACUUAUACGUGCAACGCUAUCUGCAUUGCAUGCCUAUCUUUCUUGGAUUCCGCUUCCGUAUAUUUUCCAGUCACCUUUGCUGGAAACCCUCCUUACGUUCUUCUCUGUGCCGGCAUACAGGAAUCUCACUCUUCAAUGUCUGUCAAAGGUUGCAGCACUUAAAUAUGAAAAGCACUACAGAAACCAAGUUGUCCAAAUGUACAUGAUUUUCAUGAAACAUUUGGAGGGAAUGCUUCCUUUUAAUAUUAAUAUCCCAGAGGCAUAUUCAGCUGGAAGUAAUGAAGAACAGGCUUUUAUCCAGAACUUGGCACUGUUUUUCACUUCGUUUUUCAAGCUACAUAUAAAUAUCCUAGAAACUACAUCCGAAACUAUUCCCUUCCUACUUGCUGGUCUGGAAUAUCUCAUUAAAAUAUCAUAUGUUGAUGACACUGAAGUGUUCAAGGUUUGUUGUGACUACUGGCAUUUACUAGUUUCGGAGUUGUUUACAUCAGGUCAACGAAUGGUUUUUCAUCCUCCUACGGUUGGGAGCAUCGAACCUGAAAUCACAACACCAAAAAUACUUUACUCUGAUCAACUAUCAAAAUUAAGGGGGCUCAUGAUUAAUAGCAUGGCUAAGCCUGAAGAAGUGCUAAUUGUUGAAGAUGAAAAUGGGAACAUUGUCCGCGAAACUAUGAAGGAUUGUGAUGUUUUUCUCCAGUAUAGGAUAAUGCGGGAGACAUUGAUCUUCCUCACACACUUCGAUAAUGAUGACACUGAAAGACAGAUGUUGAGUAAGCUAAGCAAACAGAUAAACAAAAAAGAAUGGACACGGAAUGAUCUGAACACUUUGUGCUGGGCUAUUGGGUCUAUUUCUGGUUCCAUGGAUGUAGCAAAUGAAGACAGAUUUCUAGUGAAGGUUAUUCGUGCUUUAUUAAGUUUCAGUGGAAUCAUGAAGGGAAAUGACGAUAAAGAUGUUAUCGCGAGCAACAUCAUGUAUGUUUUUGGACAGUAUCCAAGAUUCUUAAAGGGCAAUUGGCAGUAUAUGAUGGUGGUUGUUAAGAAGUUGUUUGACUUCAUGCAUUCGACUCAACCGGGUGUUAAGGACAUGGCUUGUGAUACAUUCUUAAAGAUUGCUCAGCAAUGCAAACACAUAUUCCUUGUUGUUCAGGUUGGAAAAGAGGAGCCAUUUGUAUCUGAAGUUCUAGCAAGCCUUAGUACAACUACUAAACAUCUUGGGCCUCAUCAGAUUCAAACUUUUUAUGAAUCUGUUGCUUGUAUAAUCGAGGCUGAAUCAGAUCCUCAGAAGAGACGUGAAUACAUCGAGUGGUUGAUGGCUCUCCCUAAUCAGAGAUGGGCAGAGAUUAUAGGAGAAGCACGUCAGAAUGUUGAUUUCCUCAAAGACCCUGAUGUGAUACAUAAUGUGCUUACUAUCCUCCAAACAAAUACAAGAGUUGCAGCUUCACUGGGAAAAUACUUCUUAUUUCAAAUUUCAUCGAUCUUCUUGGCUAUUCUGAAUAUUUACAAGAUGUACAGUGAACUCGUGUCAAGCAGCAUUGGUGAUAGUGGCCCGUGUGCUUCGAGGAUAUCUUUGAUUAAGCUUCUAAGGUCUGUUAAGAGAGAAAUCCUGAACCUGAUAAAAACGUUUCUAGACAAAGAUGAAAAAAACCCACACAUUGGCAAACAUUUUGUUCCACCAAUUAUGAAUGAAAUACUUGCUGACUAUGCAAGAAAUGUUCCUGAUGCAAGGGAAUCAGAAGUUUUAUCACUCUUUGCGACAAUAAUAAACCAGUACAAGGUUGCAAUGCAAGAUGAUGUGCCUCGCAUCUUUGAAUCUGUUUUCCAUUGCACUUUGGAGAUGAUCACUAAGAAUUUUGAAGAUUAUCCAGAACACCGGCUCAAGUUUUUCUUGUUACUUCGUGCCAUUGCUACAUUUUGUUUCCGUGCAUUGCUACAGUUGUCAAGUGAGCAACUGAAGCUAGUCAUGGAUUCGGUUAUCUGGGCGUUUAGGCAUACCGAAAGAAACAUCGCUGAAACAGGACUUAAACUCUUACUUGUGUUGCUGAAAAAGUUUCAGAAAUCUGCUUUCUCUAACCAAUUCUACCGGACAUACUUAAUGCAAAUUGAGCAAGAAAUUAUUGCCGUGUUGACCGAUACCUUUCACAAGCCAGAGUUCCAUUGGCAUGUGUUCGUGCUACAGCGUCUAUUUCAACUGGUGGAGAGCGGUGCUUUGACCGAACCUUUGUGGGAUGCUUCAACGGUGCCUCAACAGUAUCCAGAUAACGCCGCCUUUGUUUGUGAUCACACCACCAAGCUUCUAAGCUCGUCAUUCCCCAACAUAAGUGUACCAGAGGUGACAGAAUUUGUGAAAGGACUUUAUGAGUUGAGAGAUCACCCUGUUCCAUUUAAGAAUAACGUACGAGACUUCCUUAUACGGUCCAAAGAAUUUUCUGCUCAGGAUAACAAAGAUUUAGAUGCUGGACCUAUUGCUCCCGACGAGAAUCCAGAUGAGAUGAGUGAUUCAUAAAAAUAUUUAUUUUCAUAGCAAAGUCUUCAAACAAUGUCUCUUUAUAUUAUCUUGGAUGAUUUGGUUUUCUAGUAUAAUUGAAACCUU